AUGACCGAAUCGAGAUUUCCAUUUCCCCGUCUACCUAACGAUCUUUGUUCAAAAGUUCUUAAAACCAUGGACCCCCAUGAAAUAAUUGCCUACACAUUCACUUCAAAGAAGGCUUUAUCAUUGGUUAAAUCUCUCCGUUUACCGCUUAGAAGGGCUACAACAAAAAUUGGAUGGCCCAGUGUACGCUUGGUCUUUCGUGACAUUACUGUCGUAUUCAAGUAUAAAAUGGGUAAAAAUGAUGAAGUCAUGACGACUCUUGAUGAUAUUCCUGUCAAUGUUGAUGUUGAAUUAAUGAGAUUCAACCCGAUUCCCGAAUCUAAAGCAUUCAUUUGGUCAAAUCAAGGAAAGAAUAUAGGAGAGUGGGUUCAACAUCUCAGCUCGAUGUUCCGAUGUGAAUGUUAUGAAGCCAUAUUUCAUAUCUUUAAUACACGGUUAUACAUUCAAUCACUUCGGAAUACGCUCCCAAAACUCCGAAGAAUCGCUAUCAAUUGUCUCAUAAAUGAACCGAACAACCAAGAAAUUCAAAGCAUUGAGAAUAUUUUAAGAGCCUUUUUACCUGAUGUCAAGUGUGUCCGAUUGCAUCGUGUCCCUCUCCUUCCAUUCAGGAACCUUUCCAUUCAUCACAUUGGAAUGACGAAUUUGAGAGAGUUGAUUUUAGAACCGGAUCAAAAUCUAAAAUUCGACGAUCUUUCAACACUGAAUGUUGGAAGCUGUACUAUUUUUAUAACUCAAUUCUCGGUUCAAUCGCUUUCUCAUUCGUUUCAAAGAAGACAUUAUCAAUGGUUCAAUCUCUUCGUUUGCCUCUUAAACAGUUCUAUAAGUUUCACGUUUAGCAUGCUAAAAAAUGACAAAGAAUUGAAGAAAUUGGAUGAUACUCCGGUCAAUGCUUAUGUGGAAAUAACGAAAUUUCAACCGAUUGACGAAUCUCAAAGAUUUACCUGGUCGAAUCAUCAAACGACGUUAGGAAAGUGCAUUCGAAUUCUCUGCUCAAUUUUUCGAUACGAAGCUUAUAAAGCCGAUUUUCAUAUGAGAAUGACUCAAUAUGAAAUUCAAUCAAUUCGGAACACUUUUCCAAAACUCAGAACUAUUUGUAUAGUAGGUGCUCUUGAUGAACAGGAAGAGCACGAAGUUGUGUACGCUCAAAAACUAUUAAGAGUUUUCCUGCCUGAUGUUGAAAAUGUCCGAUUGCGUCGUGUCCCUCUCCAAGAGAACCUUUCCCUUCAACACAUUGGAAUGUCCAAUUUAAAAAGUCUGAAUCUAUUUUAUUCACGAAACCUGAAGAUUGAUGAUCUGGUAACUUUCAAUGUUGAGAAAUAUGUCAAUCGGACCGAUAAAAUCUCGCCUCUUGAUUUGAAUCGAUUUUUUAAAUUGCGGACGAAGGGAUGCAAUCCCAAAUUAAAUACCGAUCAAUCGCUCAUUAGUUUUCCCUAUUUCCACUCGAGACCCGAUAUUAUUGAUUGA